GACGACGACAGGCGAUGCAGUCGGUAGCAUGACUGCGCUUCCUGAGACUGACCAAUUGUGGGGUAACGACAAACCAAAGCCAACUCGAACUGCCCAUUCCCGAAAUGCCAAACGUGCAGACGGAUGGUCUCCUGAUUCCGAAAGCCUCGGAUCUGAAGAAGAAGAAGAAGAUGGGACCGGCCUCGAUAGCAUUCUUCAUAUCCCCUGCAAACCGAAAUAUAUAAACCGGGUUUACUUCAGUGUGGUGCACCUAAACGGUACACUAGCUCAUGAUAACAACGGCAAACAUGCCCUGUUUUACAUUAGUUCAUUUUGGGAUAUCAUGUACCCAAAGACGAUCCGAACAGCCCUCUUCAACAACGCCACUGCAUCUCACGGAUGUCCGAAGGGUCAUUGCACGAGCAAAAUCAUCCCAGGGCUACUACUUGAAGGGGAGAGAGUGAUGUUGAAGUACAUCGAGGACCCGGUGUCGUUGAAAUAUGGCUGGAUCGGCAGGACAUGCCAGUACCACGGCGCUGUGCGGGAAGUCGAGAAGCUCGGCGUGACGCUUGGGCACAUAGGGUACUUUAUGCAUGGCGCAAGCAUUCCACCGGCGAUCUUGGACUUCGUCGAGACCAGGAUGCAACAUACGUUCCCGAUACUCGAGAUCAUACUGUGGGGAAUGGGUGCUGGCCUGAUUCUAGGGCUCCCUCUCGCUUGCUGCGCCGGUUUCGUUAUUCUUAUUAUCUGGUGCAAAUUCCUUAGACCUGGCGUUACUGCAGCGUGGGAUAUAACAAAGCAUUGCUUCGGUGGGAAGGGCGUCGUAGGGAUUGCACUGAAGGGGGCGUGGGCAAGAGUUUGCUCAAUGUGGAACACCUUGAGUGCCCGCAAUCGACACAAUGUCGACUCUCAGAAGGCAGAGCUACUGGAGCACAACUUGGACGAGUACCCGAUAUCGAACCCACCAAGCGACAAGACAUACAAUGGUAUACGGUCUUUUGAGACUGACGUAUGCUCGCAGGAUGAAUGGGAUCUCGGCAGGCGCCAGCCACGCGACAAUAUUGUUUAGAUAGGCAAGGGCCUGGACUUGUGCAGCUCUCGUCAUUUUCGCUUUGAUCCUGGUAUGAAGUUCAAGGUUCUUG